ACAUUUCUGAAGUUAGUCAGAUGUUCAUCCGCGCCUAGUUCAGUGAUACGAUGUGUUAGUCAUUAAAAAUUAAUUAAUUUAUUUCAAAGUGAGCCGUCUAAUACUGUCGGUAGUGCGUGCAUGUGGUGUGUUUUUAUAUUUUUAUAUCGUUUGUAGUGUUUUAACAAAUUAGCAACCAUGGCCGACUUGGAUCCCUCGGACCCCGAGUUGAAGUAUUUAUCCGUAGAUAGGAAUUCUUUCAACGAUCCCGCAACUCAAGCAGAAUGGACCCAAAAGCGGUUGGUUUGGGUCCCUCACGAAUCGCAAGGGUUCGUUGCGGCGGCCCUAAAAAGCGAAAGAGGUGAUGAAGUUGAAGUGGAAAUCACGGAAACCGGCAAACGGAUUGUUGUAAAUAAGGAUGAUAUCCAGAAAAUGAACCCCCCAAAGUUCGACAAAGUUGAGGAUAUGGCCGAUCUAACGUGCUUGAACGAAGCUUCGGUCCUGCACAACAUCAAAGAUAGAUAUUACUCAGGAUUGAUUUAUACAUACUCUGGGCUGUUUUGCGUCGUCGUCAACCCCUACAAAAAAUUACCAAUCUACACAGAAAAAAUUAUGGAGCGCUACAAAGGCAACAAGAGGCACGAAGUUCCUCCCCACGUCUUCGCCAUCACAGACACGGCCUACAGGUCGAUGCUUCAAGAGCGGGAGGACCAAUCGAUUCUUUGCACAGGAGAAUCCGGUGCCGGUAAAACCGAGAACACGAAGAAAGUCAUCCAGUAUUUGGCCUACGUCGCCGCCUCAAAGCCCAAAAGCUCAACCGUCUCCCACACUGCUGCCCCCACAUUCAAUUUUGGUGAAUUAGAACAACAGUUGCUUCAAGCAAAUCCCAUUUUAGAAGCGUUUGGAAAUGCCAAAACCGUCAAGAACGAUAAUUCUUCCCGUUUUGGUAAAUUCAUUCGCAUCAAUUUUGAUGCAUCUGGCUAUAUUGCCGGAGCAAACAUUGAAACCUAUUUAUUGGAAAAAUCUAGAGCCAUUCGUCAAGCUAAAGAUGAACGAACAUUCCAUAUUUUCUACCAAUUACUUGCCGGUGCCUCACCUGAACAAAGGAAGGAAUUUAUUUUAGAAGAUCCCAAGACUUAUCUUUUCUUAUCAAAUGGAAACUUACCAGUUCCUGGUGUGGAUGAUGCGGCUGAAUUCCAAUCCACAGUCCAAGCCAUGGGUGUCAUGGGAAUGACAAAUGAAGAUUAUUCAGCCAUUUUCCGUAUUGUUAGUGCCGUCAUGUUGUUCGGCAACAUGCAAUUCAAGCAGGAGCGUAACAGUGAUCAGGCCACGCUCCCAGACAACACAGUAGCCCAAAAAGUAGCGCAUCUCCUUGGUCUUUCGAUAACAGAAAUGACCAAAGCCUUCCUCAAGCCACGUAUCAAAGUUGGUCGUGAUUUUGUAACAAAAGCUCAAACUAAGGAACAGGUUGAAUUUGCCGUUGAAGCAAUUUCGAAAGCAUGCUAUGAGAGAAUGUUCCGUUGGUUAGUCAAUCGUAUUAAUAGGUCUUUAGAUAGGACGAAGAGACAAGGUGCUUCAUUUAUAGGAAUCCUUGAUAUGGCCGGUUUUGAAAUUUUUGAGUUGAACUCAUUUGAACAGUUGUGUAUCAACUACACAAAUGAGAAGUUGCAACAACUUUUCAACCACACCAUGUUUAUCCUAGAACAAGAAGAAUAUCAACGAGAGGGUAUCGAGUGGAAAUUCAUCGAUUUCGGCCUCGAUCUCCAGCCUACCAUCGAUCUCAUCGACAAGCCCAUGGGAGUCAUGGCUUUAUUAGAUGAAGAGUGUUGGUUCCCCAAAGCCACAGACAAAUCUUUUGUCGAAAAAUUAGUCACAGCUCACAGUGUGCACCCUAAGUUCGUCAAGAAAGAUUUCAGAGGUGUUGCCGAUUUUGCCGUCAUCCAUUAUGCCGGAAAGGUCGACUACUCAGCAGCAAAAUGGUUGAUGAAGAACAUGGACCCAUUGAACGAAAAUGUAGUAUCCCUUCUUCAAGCAUCUCAAGAUCCAUUUGUCGUUCACAUCUGGAAGGAUGCUGAAAUCGUAGGAAUGGCUCAACAAGCUCUCAGCGAUACACAAUUCGGUGCUAGAACUAGGAAGGGUAUGUUCAGAACUGUUUCUCAGCUCUACAAAGAGCAGCUAGCCAAAUUAAUGAUCACACUCCGGAACACCAACCCGAACUUCGUUCGUUGCAUCAUUCCAAACCACGAGAAGCGUGCUGGUAAAAUCGAUGCUCCUCUAGUCUUAGAUCAACUUCGUUGCAAUGGUGUCUUGGAAGGUAUCAGAAUUUGUCGUCAAGGUUUCCCCAACAGGAUUCCAUUCCAAGAAUUCCGUCAACGUUAUGAACUGCUAACUCCGAACGUUAUCCCGAAAGGUUUCAUGGAUGGCAAGAAGGCUUGUGAGAAGAUGAUCCAAGCCCUAGAAUUAGACCCUAACCUUUACCGUGUUGGUCAGUCAAAGAUUUUCUUCCGUGCUGGUGUCCUAGCUCAUUUAGAAGAAGAGCGUGACUACAAAAUCACAGAUCUAAUCGUCAACUUCCAAGCUUUCUGUCGUGGUUACUUAGCUCGUCGCAACUAUCACAAGCGGCUGCAACAACUAAAUGCCAUCCGUCUCAUCCAGCGAAACUGUUCAGCCUAUCUCAAAUUGAGAAAUUGGCAGUGGUGGAGAUUAUACACCAAGGUGAAACCAUUGUUAGAAGUCACAAAGCAAGAAGAGAAGCUGACGCAAAAAGAAGAUGAACUGAAGUCGGUGCGAGAGAAACUAGAUAUGCAACUGAAGAAUGCAGAGGAAUAUGAGAAACGUUACCAACAAGUUCUUGAAGAAAAAACUGUGCUAGCUGAACAACUUCAAGCGGAAGUAGAGCUUUGUGCUGAAGCUGAGGAAAUGCGUGCCAGGUUAUCAGCCCGCAAGCAAGAAUUGGAAGAGCUGCUCCAUGAUUUAGAAGCAAGGAUGGAAGAAGAAGAAGAAAGAUCAAACACCUUGACUCAGGAAAAGAAAAAGUUACAACUGAACAUCCAAGAUCUAGAAGAGCAACUAGAAGAAGAAGAGGCUGCCAGGCAAAAACUUCACAUCGAAAAGGUCCAAAUUGAUGCUAAAGUCAAGAAACUCGAAGAAGAUCUUGCUUUGGCAGAAGACAGCAAUGUCAAAUUACAAAAAGAGAAGAAACUUCUAGAAGAACGAGCAGCUGAUCUGUCCCAAGCCCUAGCUGAAGAAGAAGAAAAAGCCAAGCAUCUAGGAAAGUUGAAGGCCAAGCACGAAUCAACAAUCGCGGAACUUGAAGAGCGUCUCUUGAAGGACCACCAACAGCGUUCUGAAAUGGACCGCAACAAACGUAAGAUCGAGACUGAGGUCAAUGAUUUGAAAGAGCAACUUAAUGAGAAGAAAAUACAAGUCGAAGAGCUGCAACUGCUCUUGGGCAAACGUGAGGAGGAACUCGCACAGUCAGCGAUGAAGAUCGAUGAAGAAGGCGCAGGUAAAGCUGCUUCACAGAAAGCUCUCCGUGAACUUGAAUCACAGCUCGCUGAAAUCCAAGAAGAUCUAGAGGCAGAGAAAAGCGCUCGUGCCAAAGCUGAAAAACAGAAACGUGACCUAAACGAAGAACUGGAAGCCUUGAAGAAUGAACUGCUUGACUCCCUAGAUGUCACUGCCGCUCAACAAGAGCUCCGAACUAAACGUGAGCAGGAGCUUGCCUCCCUGAAAAAGACCCUUGAAGAGGAAACCUCAACCCACGAAGUUCAGAUCACAGAAAUGCGGCACAAGUACAGUCAAGAAAUUGCUGUCAUCAACGAACAGUUGGAAGCUCUGAAGAAAACAAAACUGAACCUCGAAAAGGCCAAGCAAACACUGGAAGCUGAAAAUGCGGAUCUUGCCACAGAGCUCAAGUCCUCUGCUCAAGCUCGUGCGGAAUCUGAACGUAAGCGCAAGCAAGCUGAAACUGCUCUUAGUGAAAUCCAAAGCAAACUUAUCGAAGCUGAGCGUUCUAGGACAGAGCUCUCUGAGCGCCUGCAGAAGUUGAACUCAGAAUCAGAAUCAAUAGUGAACCAACUGGAAGAGGCAGAGCUCCGUGCCUCCACUGCCAUUAAGAACGCAGGUCUAAUGGAGACCCAGCUGGCCGAAGCACAAGUACUCCUAGAGGAAGAAACAAAGCAGAAACUUGCUUUGAGCUCAAGGCUGCGGCAAGUUGAGAGUGAGAAGGAGUCUCUUCAAGAGCAGUUGGAAGAGGAAGAAGAAGCCAAGAAAAACCUGGAAAAGCAAGUCGUAGCAUUGAGUUUGCAAGUCAACGAGGCUAAGAAACGAGCUGAUGAAGAGGCUGAACAGGUUACGCAAUUAGAAGAGAUCCGCAAGAAACUGCUCAAGGACAUUGAAACUUUCCAAAGGCAGAUCGAGGAAUUGCAAGCUGCAAAUGACAAAUUAGACAAAUCGAAAAAGAAGAUUCAAGCUGAGCUUGAGGAUUCAAAUAUCGACUUGGAAACCCAGCGUGCAAAGGUUUUGGAACUGGAGAAGAAACAGCGAAACUUCGACAAAGUGCUCGCCGAAGAAAAGGCUGUAUCUGAACAAUUCGCUGCUGAACGAGAUGCUGCAGAACGUGAAGCUAGAGAAAAAGAAACCAAGGUCCUUUCAUUGACCCGUGAACUCGAUGAAUUAAUGGAAAAAGUAGAAGAAAUGGAACGUGCCAAGCGACAGUUGCAAGCAGAAUUAGAUGAAUUGGUCAAUAAUCAAGGAACAGCCGAUAAGAAUGUUCAUGAAUUAGAGAAAGCCAAACGUGUCCUUGAGUCACAGCUAGCGGAACAAAAAGCUCAAAACGAAGAACUGGAAGACGAACUUCAAAUGACAGAAGAUGCCAAGCUUAGGUUAGAAGUCAACAUGCAGGCUUUGAGAACGCAGUUUGAGCGUGACCUGCAGACGAAGGAAGAACAAGCUGAGGAGAAGAGGCGAGGUCUUCUCAAGCAGCUUCGUGACCUAGAGGCCGAGCUGGAAGAAGAACGUAUGCAACGUGCUGCUGCUCUUGCCUCGCGCAAGAAGUUAGAAGCCGACUACAAGGAUCUAGAACAUCAACUUGAGAUGCACAACAAACUCAAGGAAGACGCCUUGAAACAGCUGAAGAAAUUGCAGGCUCAAUUGAAGGAUAUUUCUCGGGACGCCGAGGAAGCACGUGCCUCUCGUGAUGAAUUAGCCGCCAGUGUGAAGGAGACGGAGCGUAGAAUGAAGAGCUUGGAAGCUGAGCUCAUGCAGAUGGGUGAGGAUCUGGCCACCUCUGAAAAGCAGCGUCGUGCAGCUGAAAGUGAGCGUGAUGACCUACAAGAGGAAAUUAAUAGUAAUGCUAACAAAGGAACCUUACUUAUUGAUGAGAAGCGUCGUCUUGAAGCUCGCAUCUCUGCUUUAGAAGAAGAAUUAGAGGAGGAACAGAGCAACUCUGAAAUCCUAAUGGACAGAGCCCGCAAAUCUCAAAUUUCAAUAGAGCAACUUACAACUGAUUUGGCUAGUGAGAGAUCAACCACUCAAAAAUUGGAAUCGAAUAGAAUGCUCCUAGAAAGGCAAAACAAGGAAUUGAAAACGAAACUAUCAGAAUUAGAAACAAAUCAACGCACGAAAACAAAAGCAACAAUCCAAGCGCUGGAAUCGAAGAUCGCCACAUUGGAAGAACAGUUCGAAGUUGAAGCUAAGGAAAGACUCGCACACCAGAAGGCCAACCGCAAAUUAGACAAGAAAUUGAAGGAAGUUUUAAUGCAAUUAGAGGACGAAAGGAGACAUGCAGAUCAAUACAAGGAACAAGUAGAAAAGGUUAAUACAAGAGUGAAAACUCUGAAGAGACAAUUAGAUGAAGCUGAGGAAGAAAUCAGCAGAGAAAAGACGCAGAAACGUAAAGCGCAGCGAGAGCUGGAGGACAUGCUCGAGUCUUAUGAGGCUAUGACAAGAGAAAAUAAUAAUCUGAAAAACAAAAUCAGGCGCGGAGCAACAGGAAUUGGUCUCAGCUCAACGCGAUUGGGUAGUGCCAAACGAGGCUCUGCAGCAUCAGAUGAUUCCGUCAUCAACGACGAAACGCUGGAUGUGAGUGAUGUGAAACCUGAACCUGCCCAAACAGGCAACGAGGAAAUGUGGGCACGCUGAGUCACUCAAAAUUUUUAUGCAGGAAACUGAGCAAGCUCUGAACUCGUGUACAUAACAUUCAGUCAAGGAAAGCAAUCGCAAACUGCAAACUCUCGUACUUAAUCUUGGAAUUACCUCGUGAUUCAAGAAUCGGCAAAGCAAACCUGCAGGUUGCAUCCUGUAUUCUGCGUUGUUGAAUCUAGUUGUCUUGUUUUAACAUUUUUUUGUAUAUUUUUUUAAAGUCUAUCCUGCACCCUGUAUUCGAACUUUUCAUAUCAGAGGCUUGAGUCUAUUGUCACGCAGUAUCUUUGUAUGUCGGAUGUCUUUACAAAUUCUCUGCUGUCAAUAAAUUUCUGUAUAAAAAGAAAAAAUUUUAGUGAUGAAUGUAUUAUUUAUUCCAUUUUUAGGUUAUUUAAUCUUGUAGAUAGGGAAUAAAUUAAUUUAGUUUAAUUUGAAAAAAAAAUUGAGCUGAUUAAAUACAAUCAAAGUUGAAGUUUCAACAAACUCAAAAGUCAGUGAAUUAUUAUCAUUAUUAAAUGUUGUCUUGAGGUAUCCCGUAUUUCUUGCCGUGAAAUGAAGGGAACAAUCUGAUUGUUCUCUCCCCUUGAUUUCCCCUAUACUGGAAUGAGGGGAAAUUACUUAAUGCUCGUUUGCAAGA